CGGAGCUGGAGCGGCGGAGCGGCGGCUCAGCGCAGAGAGAGAGGGAAACGGGGGGUCAGGGCCGCGGCUGUGAGAGGACGAUGGGGUCACAGCCGCCUCCCAAACCCUGGGACAACAACAGGCAGCGCCCCGGCGAUGUGGGCCGCCCGGGCCCGGGCCCGGCCUUCCAAUCGUCUGAACUAGGAGCUAGUUUACCUUUGAGACCAGGACAGCCUGUGCUCACACGAAUUCCACCUCCUGUACCCCAAAGGCCAGCCCAACAGAUUGGAGGCAGAAACCUCCGCACUUACAGACCUGCAUCGAGCCUCAUGUCUACCGUAUACUCACCUGGAUAUUCACAGUAUGGAAGCUCUUUAUAUGGAAACUAUAACCCCUAUAGCUAUGGAUAUGGAGGCCUUGGCUACAACAGGUUUCAGACAGAUAAUGUUCCUCCCAGCAGGUUUGUACAGCAUGCUGAAGAAAGCAGCAGGGGAGCAUUUCAGUCCAUUGAAAGUAUUGUCCAUGCCUUUGCAUCUGUCAGCAUGAUGCUUGAGGCUACUUCCUCAGCUGUUUAUAACAGUUUUAGAGCAGUCCUGGAUGUCGCCAACCAUUUCUCCAGACUCCGGUUGCACUUCACCAAAGUCCUCUCGGCAUUUGCAUUGAUCAGAACGUUAAAGUACAUGUACAGGAAGCUGCAGAGGUUACUGGGUCUACGGAAGAGCUCUGAGGUAGAAGAUUUGUGGGCGGACAGCGCCAGAGCCGUGGUUCCUGUUGGGGCUGAGGAUAAAGCAGCUGGAUCUGGCAAAUCCUGGCCCAUCUUUCUGUUCUUUGCUGUCAUUCUCGGAGGCCCUUAUCUCAUUUGGAAAUUAUUGAGCUCGAUUGAGGUUGAAGAACCAGACUCCACAAACUGGGCAAGUGGAGAGGACGAUCAUGUUGUUGCAAGGGCAGAGUAUGACUUCAUCGCUGGCUCUCAAGAGGAGAUCUCACUGCAUUCAGGUGAUCUGCUGAACAUGGCACCAAAAGAACAACAGCCCAAAGUGCGUGGGUGGUUGCUGGCCAGUCAGGAUGGCCAAACGACUGGGCUGGUGCCAGCCAAUUACGUUAAAAUUUUAGGUAAAAGACGGGGCAGGAAGCAGGCAGAGAUGGAACGUUUUGCAGCAGCGCAGCGGGCCAGUGAAAGCACAGCUCCUGCAGCACCUGCCAUGGAGUCAUUGGAGGAACAACAGGCAGCCUUUGAAUCGGUUUUCAGCGAAACAACGAAACGUAAUAUGGAAUGCAUCGAUAUAGAAUCCGUAGCUCCUAGCAAAGAUGUUUAAGAACAAUCUGAAAUUGCAGGAAUAACCACCUUCAUUCGCUUUUACAUUUCUGAUGUAUUAAAUUAUUGUUGAUAGUAAUUUGGCUUCCCUUUUUCACAUUUUACAAUACUUUCAUCUUCAGACGAUAACAAGCAACAUAUUCUUUGAAGAAUAAUUACAAUACACACAAAGGUUGAUGGUUAAUAUACUUCCCUUAUGCUAGACAAUUAGUGUCUGUCAUAACGCCAAUCAUACACACACACACUAAUGCCAGUGUGGGCAAGUUCGUUCUCAGCUAUCAAAAUCUUUGGAUCUAAAGAGCCAGAAGGUUUCAUAAUAUCAAUAAUAAACCUAUAAAUUGCUGACCUAUCAGAAUUAAAUUUUGUACAGAAAGAUUGCAUCACUAUUGGUGCAAAUCCGGCCUGGGUCCUAAACAUCUCAACGGUUUCUGUUUCAUACUGUGCACAAAUGGCAUUUCAGUGAUUUCAUACGGUACUUGAUGCCAAUGCCGCUGACAAAAGCUUCUGCUAUGGCUCUCUGCACUAUAAUGACUGUUAAUUUGAAGAUCAAUAAUUAUGCUGAUUUGUUUUAGUUUAUGAUUGGUAAAAACUACAAAACCUACGAGCAUAAAAAUGUGACAAGUAAAGUCUAAUAGUAUAUUACAGUUUCAUGUUUUUUGUCUUUUCAAAUGUGCAAUUUUUCUAAUUGAUAGAAUCAGUGGGAUGAAUUUACAUCAAGGAAUAAAUUGCUGGAAAUCUGAAAUGCAAAAUAGCAAUGGUGAAAUGCACAACCAGUUGAUCAGCUUUUGAAAGAGAAACAGGUUUGCAUUUUUUAUGAAUUUUCGUCUGAUGACAGUUCAUAAUCCUGCGGUUCUUUCAGAUGCUAAAUGACAUGGUGUGAAUUUCCAGCAUUUUGCGUAUAUUUGAUACUGACCCGUUUCACAGCGACACAUACCUGACGGGUGGAAUUAGUGUUGGUUUACUGGAAUGGUACAGUGUAGUUAUGAAAAUGUAAAUGCACCUUGUAUUACUUUGUUAAUAAAAGCGUGUUCCUGUUAGUGGCUAUCUAUAAUUGUCAUUUUGACAGAAGCAGGAAUGUCCUUUCAGGUUUAAGGCUCCACCAACCAGUUUAUGGCUUAUGCAUUGUGAUUUUGGAGAUGGUAAACAAAGGAGUACUUUAUUGGUUUAUUGGGUUACACUUAAAAGAUUUGGGGGAUCUGAUCAUAAUAUAAGGAUUAUUAUUAUCUGUAUUACUCAGUGUUGCAGCACUAUCAGUUUCAGUUCCAACUCUUUGUUUUAGAUACUUUCCCAGGAUACUUGUUUCUGCAUCAAUUCACCAUUACCACGUGCACAGAGAUAUGAAUUAAGUUUGGACUCAUGAACAAACUAGAAGAUAGCUUACCUAAGCAUAUUGACUAUCUUGGUUCUUUCGUGAAUCCGAAGUCCAUAUAUAUUCUACAAGGCAAUUUUACUUAAAAGUUGAUUUUGUUUAAAAACAGAGUGUAAAAUGUUCCAUUCCAUAGUGAGCUAAAGGCAUCAAAAUAAUUCAAAAUUUAAAAAUGAUUUAAUUCGUAGUUCAAGACAUGAAAUGAUUGCCAAACAGGUGACCAAUACUCUGUGCACAGACUAUUAUAUUAGUCCCUCAUAACAUAACAUUAUAAUUACACCUUAUUUGAGAAAUUACAUCAAAUUAUAUUCAAUUUCCUUAAAAAUUAUAAGUAGCUAAGAACAUUAUGUGGCUAUUCGUGAUGCUUAUUUCUACUAGUUCCUGGCCAACAAUCCCUCAAAUAAAAUUGUUCAUUCACCUCCUGGUUGUUUAUGGGACAUUACUGUGCGCAAAUUGGCUGCUACGUUCACCUAGAAAUACAGUCACUUUACUUCACAGUGUAUCCUGCGAAGUGCUUUGGGACAUCCUCCUGACAUGAAAGGCGCUACAGUAUAUCUGUAGAUGUUCCUUUUUAAAAAAUCAUUUUUCAAAAGAAUAUUUUUCUUUGUGUGGUCAACUAUUAAAUGGUGAGGUGUCUUGUUAAUUUGCAGGAAAAUUCUGCAUGUUUUCAUGGAAUGCUUUUGUUAAUGCAAAUAAUUGUGUCUACAACAUAAUGUUACAAGCGUAAGACGUUAUUGAUUUUUUUAAUGCAAUACAUUAACCAUAAUAUAACAUUGAGCAAUAUAUUGCUCAUAAACUGAACUUGCCAGCAGUGGCAUGUCACUCAAAUGUUCUAAUCACUGACAUUAUUAAAUCAAUUGUUUAAGAAUAGUGAUGAAUAUAACAGUGUAUUAAUGUUACAUCCAUCCCCAAAUUAUAAAUCGCUUGUUUGUGGUUAAUGUAGAUUUAGGCAUCACAGGACAAACCUCUAUGCAAUUAUUUUUGUAAUAAUAAAAAUAGUUUUGCCAUGAAAAUGUUUUUUUAAUGUGUGAGUUACAAAUUGUAUUGAACAAUAAAGGUUCACGGAAUGUACUGUAAAUUGUACAUUGGCCUUUACAAGAUAUCUGUAA